AUGGAUCCCACCACGUUCAGGAAUAUGGCAACCAUCCUCAUCCUCUGCAGCGCCUUGACCUCUGCACUCUGCUGUGAUUGGCUCACCCACUACAACGACCUGAGGAACAGCACUUUGGUUCGGGUCAGGUCCAUGAAAUGUCCGAUCGCCACCACAACUCCUCUGCGAUUCAGAGACAGACUGUACAAGGACAUGAAGACGAGAGAGGAGAACUUCCAGCUGCGCUUCAUCAGAGACAGUCUGGUGCAGAUUUACAAUCUGUAUCGCCGUGGCAACACGUCAACGGCUGGCUGGGAUGCCUGGAAGACAACCGAUUUCCUGGAGAGCAUCAACAGGCAGUUCAUGGAGCUCAAUGAGUGUGUGAAGUCAACACACAACGAGGCAACAAGCAAACAUAAUGAGACGACCUACGAGAAGAAACUGAAGCGAUACUACCGAUACCUGGAGAAUAACACUCUGCUCCACCCUGGCGGCAGAGACGGCUGGGAGAUGCUCAGGAGGGAGACCGAACAGAACCUGAUUCGACUGGACCUGCUGGGGAGCCUGAUUAAAGACAGAAGGGGGCAGCAUUGAGCGAUUUACUGAUGAAACCAAUUCAACAGUCUUCGAGUGUUUCUUUAGUUCUUUUUUUUUUUUUGAUUGGUUGAUUGAUUUUUUUACUUA